AUGGAGGGCUCACAUCCCCCUGGGGAGGCUGUACGCACUCCACAAAACCAGUCUUCUACGGUCAAUUAUGGGCAGAAGAUUGCCUAUAUGAACCCUACACAGCGUAGGCACUUUGUUGCCAUGACUGGCGAAUUCGUUGGAACGACCCUGUUCCUUUGGUUUGCUUUCAGCGGUGCACAAGUCAUCAAUACGAUUGUACCAGUGCAAAACCCAUCGGAGGCAGUUCAAGCGUUGCAAGUUAUGUUUCUUGCUCUGACCUUUGGUUUUUCUCUCAUGGUAAACGUAUGGGUCUUCUAUCGGAUUAGUGGAGGACUGUUUAAUCCUGCGGUCACCUUAGCUCUCGUUAUCAGCGGCGCUUUACCCUGGGCCCGCGGUGCAUGUCUCUUUGUGCCUCAGAUGCUCGGCGGUAUGGUCGCGGCUGCUCUGGUCUCGGCAAUGUUUCCGGGUCCGAUGAGCGUGGCUACCACUCUCAGCCAUGAUACGUCUGUCGUCCAGGGCCUGUUCAUUGAAAUGUUCCUAACGGCCCUCCUUGUCAUCACCAUCCUUAUGCUUGCGGUGGAGAAAUCAAAGACAACGUUCAUUGCACCAGUGGGAAUAGGUCUGGCUUUAUUUGUGGCUCACUUGAGUGGGGUCUACUUCACCGGCGCUUCCCUCAAUCCUACCCGUUCCUUUGGCCCGCACGUUGCAACGCGCUCGUUUCCAGGACACCAUUGGAUCUACUGGCUCGGGCCGGUCCUCGGCGCCUGUAUUGCAUCGGGCUUUUAUCGCUUCAUCAAGUUCUUGCUCUAUGAAGAAGCGAAUCCUAAUCAAGAUGCGGCGCAUAAAAGCGAAUCCGAAUAUGCGAGGAUGUUGCAAAUGACAGAAACAAAUGUGACUGACAACUCCAUGUCAGUGUAG